AUGUUGAAAAUUCAAUCCAUCAUCACAUACAUUGCUUUAUGGAUCACUGUGCUUGUGUCCAUGUCACAAGCCGACAAGUCCAUCACGGUAAAGAACAACUGUGGUAGUGUCAUUACAGUGGGUGUCCUCACUAAUGGUGUUAGUUCUGGACUGCCUGAACAAAGCUUUGACCUCACUCCUUCUGCCACCAACAGCUUCAGUAAGUCUGAUUCCUGGGGAGGCCGUGUAUGGGCUCGCUAUCACUGCUCUGGAUCGGCAGGCAAAGAUUCAAGCAAUUGUGGAGUACCUGGUGCAACAAAUCCUGCUUCUUUGGCAGAAUUCUUCUUUAAGGGUGCUGGUGGUAAAGAUUUUUACGAUAUUAGUCUUGUCGAUGGGUACAACAUGCCCAUGUCGAUUGCGCCAAGUGGGGGAGCAUCUCCUAGUGGGUAUUCUUGCGGUUCACCACAGUGCUCCAUCUCGGAUUGUCCCAAAGAGUACGCUGUUACUGAUGCCACGGGAAAUGUCAUUUCGUGCAUGAGUGCUUGUUCAAAAACAGGCUCCUCUCAAGAUUGUUGUACGGGUGCUAAUAAUAACCCAGAUGCUUGCAAAGCCAGUGGCAAUUCGGCUGCUAUCAAACAGAAAUGCCCAGAUGCCUAUAGCUUUGCUUACGAUGAUCAACAAUCUACUUUUGAAUGUGAGGCAGAAAGCUUUACUGUUACUUUUUGCUAG